GGGUUUGUUGAGGGACAUCAGCUGCAGAGUUUGUGAUUUGGGUGAAGAUUGAAGUCAUGGCUGGUCCAGAAAGGGAUGGCCAAUUCCAGUUCACUGUCAUUAAAAAACAUUUCAACUCUUGUACCCUCACAGGUAGAAUGAAUUGUGUCCAGGCCAUAUAUGAAGGCAUUUCUUUGUUAGUCUUAUACUUCAAGUUAAAACCUAAAAGUACUCCAGCUGUGAAAGCAAUAUAAAUGGAUUUUGAAAUGUCUGACAUCAUCUGUUAGGUUCUGUGCCAGAAGAAGCUGAUGUGAACUCAUAAUGUAAUAUUCAAUUUGUACAGUAAAUUAUGAACC